GUAAAAUAGAAGUCCUAGCUGGUUCCCGCCGAAUAUGUGGCGCGAGUUUCUUCUUUUCAAUUCAGCAGGUAGAUUCAUAUAGCCCGCACUCUCUGAGCUUCACUGUCUCCUCUAAAUUUUCGCCAAGCGCUGACCUGAGAGCUGCAGGGAUUAAUCAAUUUCAUGUUUUUCCAGUCAGAUCUGUGAGAUUCCAUCCCCGAUUUCUUAUACAGAUCUUUUCUGAUAUAGAAGUGUGGGCAACUUUUCAAGAGUUAGAGUGGUUGGACAAUGGAACUCAGAAAGAGCUCUAACUCGCACUUUAUCCAAACUAUAAAAAAGGGGUUUGUUGUAAAGACGUGCAAUGUUAAUUCCCGUAGAAAACCAGUUCUCAUUUUCAGAAAUAUGGAGGAGAUUCAUGCAGCUAAAGACCAUUCCACUCUCAGUUCCCCAGAAAAGUUUGUCAAGAGUGAUGACCAAUCUUCUUUGCCGCCGGUUGCUGACAGAACAUUAAGAGAGACUGACAGUGUAAAUAAUAAUGAAAUUAUUUCCUAUAGUAGUGAUGGUGAAAGUGAUUCAGAUGACUGCAUUCUUGUGGAUAUGACACUGAAGCAAGUAAAGGAGAGGUGCAGAUCCAGAAAAAGAAAACUUCUUAGUCUGUUUUAUACUGAUCCUGCUCGGGAAGUAUUUAAAUUCAAGUCAGAACAUAUGCUGGAUUCUGAUUUCAACAUGGAACUCAACGGGGAAUCAGCUUCUACACUUGCAAAUGUCAAAGAAGAAGUUGUUGAAGAAGAGUUUUCUAUUUGCCAAAAUACAAAUUCAGUUCCAAGUUUUCCCAUAGAAACACCCAUAUUAUUAGAUGAGGCGCACGAUCUUCAGUUUUCUGUGAACCAGCACGUAGAUUCUUUUAAUGAUUGCCCUUCCAUUAAAUGUGAUGAGGAAUGGAGGAUAUCCAGUGAAGUUUCAGAAAACAUAGAAGUUCAGGAAAGCAUGCCUAUCGUGUUUGCAGAGGAGCAAAAAUGUUGUACUCUAAAUGAUGUGUCCACAAAAGAUAACUUGCAAUGUGUUGAGGUAGAUAAUUCUACAGAUGAUCACCAAGCAGAUGAUAUUCAGAUGCCUGAAGAUGAAGUUCAGGAAGAAAUUUGUUCAAGUCAAGAAACUGGGUUUGCAUCUGGGGAUUUCGAGAUUAACUCAAGCUACGAUGAUGAUUUAACAUCUGCAGCAGACAGUACUGCAUCUUCUUUGACACUAAUUCCAGAUUGUUCCUUUGUUGAAACUGGAAAUACUUGUUUGAAUGCCCUUUCAGUACAAGGUGAGUCAUUAACACCGGAAGAAAAUAGCCCCCUGGAUAUUAUUGAAGAAUUAAAAGGUCCAACUAUUGAAACACAACCUUUACACCAAAACUCUUCUCUGCCGCAACAGCCUCCCCAGAGGUUCCCCUCUUUCCGUACGGCUAUUUCCCCAUCUUCCCAAGAAAGACUUUGUUUGGAAAUGAAAUCUGUGGAUUUGUUUGAUGAACUAGAGAAUGACAUAAAACCUCUAAUUGGGCAAGAAGACGUGUCCGGAUGCACCACAUAUGAAAAUUCCAAAUUAUCUUCUCCAGGUUGCCAACAGAAAGUUAUUAUAAGGCGCGAACAAAUCACAAGGAAAUUGAAGAGGAUCUGCCGAAAGGGUUUCCCACACAAAGCCAAUUCGGAUGGCCCACUUUUUUCUCGAUCUCUACCUCAACUUAGCACUGGUUCCACCUCCAUUGACAGCUGUUCCAAUAGUGCCGUAGCAUUUUCACAACGACAGAUGCAUGAUUUUGAGUUUCUUGCCAUGAAGCUCUUGGAUGAGUUAAAGUCGAUGCAAGGCGUGGUUGAAGAAAACUUGUUGUUUAAAGCUUAUCGCAGUAGUUGUUGUAAAAACGACGUGGAUAAGGUGAAAACUAGAAUAAAUAACACUAGGAAAGUUGAGGAGACAGCAAGAAAGUGGAUGUCCAUGAUGGCAAGGGACUGCACCCGCUUCUGUAAACUCAUGGGGAUGCAGAAAUCGAGUCAAGAUCAUUCCCCUUCUCCUGAGAGCACAGCCCAAAGGGAUAGGAAAAUUACUUUCGCUGAUGAAGCCGGUGGGAUGCUUUGUACUGUGAACUAUUUUGCUUAUGACGACAUUGCAAGCUCUCCGCAAUGUUUGCCUUGUGAAGAUGAAAAACAAGUUUUUGGGCAAUGCGAAGAGCUGGAGAAGCUGGAUUCUGACCUUUGAAAGUUUUUCACUUCUAUCUGAUCUGUGGGCAAUGCAAAAAGAGCUGGAGAAGUUGAGCAGAUAGUUUGCAUUCGGCUUGGUUAACAUAAUUGGGUCUUGUAGAUUUGAGGAAUACAAAUGUUCAAUUUUAAUAUCAUAGUGAUUUUGUUCCAAAGCGUUUUUUUCCUUCUUCUUGUUAGAUUUUUCAAAACUGCUGCAAUAAUGAGGAAAAGUUAAU